CUGCAGCGACUACCGCAUCAUCACAGUCUGUUGAACUCUUCUGAGCAAGAGAAGGGGAGGCGGGGUAAGGGAAGUAGGUGGAAGAUUCAGCCAAGCUCAAGGAUGGAGGUGCAGUUAGGGCUGGGGAGGGUCUACCCUCGGCCGCCGUCCAAGACCUACCGAGGAGCUUUCCAGAAUCUGUUCCAGAGCGUGCGCGAAGUGAUCCAGAACCCGGGCCCCAGGCACCCAGAGGCCGCGAGCGCAGCACCUCCCGGCGCCAGUUUGCUGCAGCAGCAGCAGCAGCAGCAGCAACAACAACAAGAAACUAGCCCCCGGCAGCGGCAGCAGCAGCAGGGUGAGGAUGGUUCUCCCCAAGCCCAUCGUAGAGGCCCCACAGGCUACCUGGUCCUGGAUGAGGAACAGCAACCUUCACAGCCUCAGUCAGCCCCGGAGUGCCACCCCGAGAGAGGUUGCGUCCCAGAGCCUGGAGCCGCCGUGGCCGCCGGCAAGGGACUGCCGCAGCAGCUGCCAGCACCUCCGGACGAGGAUGACUCAGCUGCCCCAUCCACGUUGUCCCUGCUGGGCCCCACUUUCCCCGGCUUAAGCAGCUGCUCCGCCGACCUUAAAGACAUCCUGAGCGAGGCCAGCACCAUGCAACUCCUUCAGCAACAGCAGCAGGAAGCAGUAUCCGAAGGCAGCAGCAACGGGAGAGCGAGGGAGGCCUCGGGGGCUCCCACUUCCUCCAAGGACAAUUACUUAGGGGGCACUUCGACCAUUUCUGACAGCGCCAAGGAGUUGUGUAAGGCAGUAUCGGUGUCCAUGGGCUUGGGUGUGGAGGCGUUGGAACAUCUGAGUCCAGGGGAACAGCUUCGGGGGGAUUGCAUGUACGCCCCAGUUUUGGGAGUUCCACCCGCUGUGCGUCCCACUCCGUGUGCCCCAUUGGCCGAAUGCAAAGGUUCCCUGCUAGACGACAGAGCAGGCAAGAGCACUGAAGAUACUGCUGAGUAUUCCCCUUUCAAGGGAGGUUACACCAAAGGGCUAGAAGGCGAGAGCCUAGGCUGCUCUGGCAGCGCUGCAGCAGGGAGCUCCGGGACACUUGAACUGCCGUCCACCCUGUCUCUCUACAAGUCCGGAGCACUGGACGAGGCAGCUGCGUACCAGAGUCGCGACUACUACAACUUUCCACUGGCUCUGGCCGGGCCGCCGCCCCCUCCGCCGCCUCCCCAUCCCCACGCUCGCAUCAAGCUGGAGAACCCGCUGGACUACGGCAGCGCCUGGGCGGCUGCGGCGGCGCAGUGCCGCUAUGGGGACCUGGCGAGCCUGCAUGGCGCGGGUGCAGCGGGACCCGGCUCUGGGUCACCCUCAGCCGCUGCUUCCUCAUCCUGGCACACACUCUUCACAGCCGAAGAAGGCCAGUUGUAUGGACCGUGUGGUGGUGGGGGCGGCGGCGGUGGCGGCGGCGGCGGCGGUGGCGGCGCAGGCGAGGCGGGAGCUGUAGCCCCCUACGGCUACACUCGGCCACCUCAGGGGCUGGCGGGCCAGGAAGGCGACUUCACCGCACCUGAUGUGUGGUACCCUGGCGGCAUGGUGAGCAGAGUGCCCUAUCCCAGUCCCACUUGUGUCAAAAGCGAGAUGGGCCCCUGGAUGGAUAGCUACUCCGGACCUUACGGGGACAUGCGUUUGGAGACUGCCAGGGACCAUGUUUUGCCCAUUGACUAUUACUUUCCACCCCAGAAGACCUGCCUGAUCUGUGGAGAUGAAGCUUCUGGGUGUCACUAUGGAGCUCUCACAUGUGGAAGCUGCAAGGUCUUCUUCAAAAGAGCCGCUGAAGGGAAACAGAAGUACCUGUGUGCCAGCAGAAAUGAUUGCACUAUUGAUAAAUUCCGAAGGAAAAAUUGUCCAUCUUGCCGUCUUCGGAAAUGUUAUGAAGCAGGGAUGACUCUGGGAGCCCGGAAGCUGAAGAAACUUGGUAAUCUGAAACUACAGGAGGAAGGAGAGGCUUCCAGCACCACCAGCCCCACUGAGGAGACAGCCCAGAAGCUGACAGUGUCACACAUUGAAGGCUAUGAAUGUCAGCCCAUCUUUCUGAAUGUCCUGGAAGCCAUUGAGCCAGGUGUGGUGUGUGCUGGACACGACAACAACCAGCCCGACUCCUUCGCAGCCUUGCUCUCUAGCCUCAAUGAACUAGGAGAGAGACAGCUUGUACAUGUGGUCAAGUGGGCCAAGGCCUUGCCUGGCUUCCGCAACUUGCACGUGGACGACCAGAUGGCUGUCAUUCAGUACUCCUGGAUGGGGCUCAUGGUGUUUGCCAUGGGCUGGCGAUCCUUCACCAAUGUCAACUCCAGGAUGCUCUACUUCGCCCCUGAUCUGGUUUUCAAUGAGUACCGCAUGCACAAGUCCCGGAUGUACAGCCAGUGUGUCCGAAUGAGGCACCUCUCUCAAGAGUUUGGAUGGCUCCAAAUCACCCCCCAGGAAUUCCUGUGCAUGAAAGCGCUGCUACUCUUCAGCAUUAUUCCAGUGGAUGGACUGAAAAAUCAAAAAUUCUUUGAUGAACUUCGAAUGAACUAUAUCAAGGAACUCGAUCGUAUCAUUGCAUGCAAAAGAAAAAAUCCCACAUCCUGCUCAAGGCGUUUCUACCAGCUCACCAAGCUCCUGGACUCCGUGCAGCCUAUUGCGAGAGAGCUGCAUCAGUUCACUUUUGACCUGCUAAUCAAGUCACACAUGGUGAGCGUGGACUUUCCGGAAAUGAUGGCAGAGAUCAUCUCUGUGCAAGUGCCCAAGAUCCUUUCUGGGAAAGUCAAGCCCAUCUAUUUCCACACCCAGUGAAGCAUUGGAAAUCCCUAUUUCCCCACCCCAGCCCAUGCCCCCUUUCAGAUGUCUUCUGCCUGUUAUAACUCUGCACUACUCCUCUGCAGUGCCUUGGGGAAUUUCCUCUAUUGAUGUACAGUCUGUCAUGAACAUGUUCCGGAGUUCUAUUUGCUGGGCUUUUUUUUUCUCUUUCUCUCCUUUUGUUUUCUUCUUCCCUCCCUAUCUAAUCCUCCCAUGGCAACUUCAGACUUUUUUCCCCAUUUUGACUCCUAUCUGUGUUUUGAAUGGUGUUGUAUGCCUUUAAAUCUGUGAUGAUCCUCAUGUGGCCCAGUGUCAAGUUGUGCUUGUUUACAGCACUACUCUGUGCCAGCCACACAAACGUUUACUUAUCUUAUGCCACGGGAAGUUUAGAGAGCUAAGAUU